AUGAUUUUGGUGGGACAAAGUGUAAAUACACGAAAAUGGGUUGGUGAUGUAAUUAUAUCGCUAACGAGGCGAACCGAGGAGCACGUGAAGCAACUCGACCAAACAGUAACUUUAGCGGAGGCCAGCGAACUCAAGGACAAAGAAGCGGCACAAGCAGCGACCAGAGAGGAGCUCAGCAAAACUAUGAGUGCGUCGUCGGACGGGCGGAGCUCCGAGCCACCGAAUCGUUAUCAUCCCUACGCAAGAAAGAUACGUAAGGAAACAAAAGAUCUUCACGAUCAGGUCUACAUCGCGCCCAUUUCUGCGUACAAAAAUUAA